CAGGAUGGCUUCUCUGCGCCCGCUGCUCCUCGGCCUCGCUGCGCUGGUGCUUGUGUCUGAGGCCGGCCCUGCGGGCACUGGGGAAUCCAAGUGUCCUCUGAUGGUCAAGGUCCUAGAUGCCGUCCGAGGCAGCCCUGCUGUCAACGUGGCCGUGAAAGUCUUCAAAAAGGCUGCCGAUGGGACCUGGGAGCCGUUCGCCUCUGGGAAAACCAGUGACUUUGGAGAGCUCCAUGGACUAACAACUAGUGAUAAAUUUGUAGAAGGGAUAUACAAAGUGGAAUUAGACACCAAAUCCUACUGGAAGGCACUUGGCAUUUCCCCGUUCCAUGAGUAUGCAGAGGUGGUGUUCACAGCGAACGACUCUGGCCAACGCCAGUACACCAUUGCUGCUCUGCUCAGCCCCUACUCUUACUCCACCACAGCCCUCGUCAGUGGCCCCAAAGAAUGAGGGACCCC